AUGAGUGCGAUAAAAGAAUCAGACUUCUGCUGGAAGAGAUGUAGAGUAUGGAAACCGAAAUACAAAGCUCCAAGUCUCUUGAAGCUUUGCAGAGACGUGGUAAUCAGAAACAUGGGGUUGCGCCGAGUUUGGAAAGCGCGCAAAGAGCUACCUUUGCCGCGAAAUUUAAUUAAAUUAUUAACUUCGAAUUUCAGCUUUAGAGAAUUUGAACUACAGGGCAUUGAUUUAUCCAGAGACAUGCGAAUUCACUGCAUAUAUCCCACCAGGAGUUUACUGGAUAAUUCUAAGGUCUUGUUGAAGUGCAUAAACAUCAAGUCUUGUGAAUCUGCGAGUUUGUCUCAUCUAUUACAGAGAUGGACCGACGUGAGUCACAAAAAUAUAAUGCGGGUUUUACUGUGGUUUAAAGAAGGGGACUCCGUGGGAGUUGUUCUGGAACCGUUUCCAAAAAGUCUUCACGAGUUGGUGCACGAUUAUCGGAAAACUGGCAUUAAAUUGCCGGAGUGGCUUUUAUGGAAAAUGCUUCAUCAAAUCUGCGACGUCUUGUUGUAUUUACAGAGAAAACAGAUUGUGCACCCUGAAAUUUCAAGUAAAACAUUGUCUCUCACACGCACGGGGGACAUCCUACUGCAUAAUCUUUUAAUUUAUACACCCAGUGAAACGGAGCUUAACGUAUGCGUUGAUGCCAAAGAUUCUUUUUACGGUAUUUACGUUGCCCCGGAAAGAAUCAAAGGACAGAGAUAUUCACCAAAACAAGACUCUUGGUCGCUUGGAUGCGUUGCUUACGAAUUAGUUUACUUAGGACCAGCUUUUCACCUUGGCCCCGGGGAAAAUAUUUUCAAAGUCUUGAACAACAUUGUGAAUGGUGUUGCUCCUCCGCGACUUGCCGAAGCCGACUAUUAUAGCCCUGACGCUGUGAAUUUGAUUUUGUCAUGUUUAAUGCCAGACCCAAGGCUGCGACCCACGAUUGAAGACUUGUUUUACUUAACCAGUUCACUGAUGCGUUCGACAAAGCUGUGUUAG